AUGGCGCUCACCGCAACCGCCCAAUCUGCAUUUCAUCCAACGCCUUCAUGGGAUGAGACGAUAGUCCCAACUCUCCGCAAACGUCUCGAGAAUGAAAGCCGUGCGCUCGCAAAGCGUUUGUCCGCUGCCUCCAUCACCUCCGACGAUCCAUCUGUGCCCAAUCGCUACUACAAACCCCACCCCAGCUCCUCGCGCACCACCUCACGCGAGCCCACCCCGACCUCUUCCUACUCCCCCGCAAUCCUGAAGCCGAGUGGCAUUCCAAGACCCAGUCUUUCAGCGUCACGGCCAUCGGACGGUCGCACGACGCCCAACAGCGCGCGUGGCUAUACUCCCACCCAUCGCGCGCGCACGCUCUCGCAGCCCAAGCUUAUCGAGCGCAGCACCUCCGGGCGCUUGCCUGCGGGUGGCGACACGUCGCGCUCUGUCUCACCCGUUACGCCAGGCCGACUCCCUGACGGUAUGCGCACCCGCAUCCCAGUGGCGCGAACGAGGACGGGCAGCACCUCGAGCUACAGUCCGUCCCACACGAACGGAUUUCCGCGGAGCGAGAGCCGGAAUGCGCAGUUUGCGAACGGACAGCAUGCUCCGAUGACGGAGGUGAGUGAGCAGGGCGAGCCAUAUGGACAGCCAGGAACCGCGAAGAUCGCCCAGAUGUACGCGGUGGACGACAUCGUGUCUCGGCCCUCGACGGAUUCUGAGGAGCGGCCGUACGAGCAUUGGUAUAGGGGGGAGGUCACGAGGAACGGAGGGGUGGGGGAGAUGCGUGUCGGGCGGCGGAUGGAGAUGCUGGAGAUCGCGAGCUACGGGCACACCAUCCCGUCGCGUGCGGGGACGCUCACGUCGAAGAACGGGUCUACACGGCGAAGAGCGGGGAGCAUCGGCGCGCGCGAUAGCUUCUACAUGGAGGACGACGCGCGGGUCGUGCUUCCAGUCGUCGCGCGGAAGAGAGGGCUGGACGAUCAGUACACAAAAGCCAAUGGCAGUCCACAGCCCAAGCAAAACGGAAAUCCUACACCCGAGCCAGCACCGGGAACGUUUGGUUACGAUUAUUCUAAAUAUCGACCUGGACGAACCGAGGAGAUCCCGAUGGCCGAGUUUGGGCAGCGGCCAGAACCCAUUGACGAGAGCAUGCACGAACAGCCACCACCAUCCCCAGCACCAGCACCAAGACCACCACAGCCGCCGCGAGAUCAAGAAUACGAGCAGCAUGUGCGCAACAUGCGCAUGCAGCCGCCACCGUCGCCCGCACCUUUCUCGCGCUACCUCGCCGAACCGAAAGAUGAGAUGGAGCCACACGCAGUCUCCGCCGAACCCGUCCAGAUGACGCACAUGUCCAUAGAGCGAGGGCAUCCCCAACAAGAAGAUGAGGAAGACGGGAGCGCAGGCUGCUGUAAAUGUGUCAUCAUCUCGUGCUCUACGGGCUCACCGCUUGGUCCCGUCACUCGUUCCUCAUCUCCUCGCCUUUCCAUCACACUCGCUCUCGUACUACCCUUUUCCACCACCACCACUUUUUCCUGGCCUUUGCCCGUCGGCAUAUACCUCCUCUUCGAUUGCCGUGAUGGACAAGGAUUGAUGAACGCUGCUGCUCUUCGCAUUAGCAUACCCUACUAG